UCUUCCAUCUCUUUAUUGUAAAUUAGGUUUGGAUCGAUGCAAAGAUUUCUCCAAAACGAUGAGAUGAGAUGAUUUGGUUUGGUACAUGAAAUUCAAUUCAUGGUUGUAACUAAACCUUUCCUCCUCAAUAAACAACCUGUGCCGCUGAAUAACAAUGGCGAUGGAGAGAAUCAUCUUCCUCGAAAUCCAUGUGGCGGCGCAAGAACAAUGCCUCAAAUAACAAGUUAUUAUGAUGUCACUACGGCAUAUCAAAAUCAACUUCGAUUUCGAUGUGGCUUUCACGAACGCACCUGCCAUGGCGCCUCAGCUUCACAACGCUCGCUGCCUUCCCAUCAACCCUACCGCCGAACAACGCCAACCUCGAAUCCAUCGACAUAACCGACGCGGCGCAUUGGACGAGACGGAUCCACAAACUCUGCACCCUCGACCGCGACGCCGACGCCGCACUCCAUCUCCUCCACCGCCUCCGCCUCCGCGGCUUCCGCCCCGAUUCCCUCAACAUCAGCAGCAUCAUCCACGCUCUCUGCGACGCUGGCCGGUUCCUCGACGCGCACAAUCGAUUGCUCCUCUUCGUGUCUUCUCAAAACGCUCCCGACGAGCGCACCUGCAACGUCCUCAUCGCGCGCCUCCUCGACGGCCGCGACGUCUCCGCCACACUGCGCUUGAUGAACUCCAUGGUUUCCGAGAAGCCAGGCUUCGUGCCUUGUUUGGAGAAUUACAACCGAUUGAUCGACGGAUUCUGUAAGAUUGGGAGGAUGGAAGCCGCGCAUUUGCUGCUCUAUCAUAUGAUGAUCAGAGGCCAUUCUCCAAACGUUGUGACCUACACCACUCUCAUCAAUGGCUACUGCAGAAAUGGCGAUGUGGCAGCUGCAGACAAGGUGUUCGACGAAAUGUCUGAGGAUGGAAUUCAUGCCAAUGCGCUUACUUACAGUGCUUUAAUCCAUGGAGUUUUCAGAAACAGGGAUUUUCAGAGAGGAAAGAUCUUGAUGGACAAAAUUUGGGAAGUCAUGAGAAGCAGCAAUACCGGCGGCAACAACAACAAUGGCGACAUCGAGCAACUUAACAAUGCUGCUUUCUGCCAUGUAAUCGAAUGUUUGUGCAGGGAAGGAUUGUUCCACGAGGUGUUUAAGAUCGCAGAAGAUACGCCGCAAGGCGAGCAUGUUCGCAAAGAAUUCGCUUAUGCGCAAAUGGUCGAUGCGUUUUGUAGGUUCCAGAGGUACAACGCCGCUGCGCGGAUCGUCUAUAUAAUGAGAGGCGCGGGUUUAAUUCCAAGCUUGGUUUCGUAUAAUUCGAUCGUGCACGGCUUAUGCAAUGAUAGCGAUGUAUUUAGAGCAUACCAAAUGCUGGAAGAAGGAAUGCAGAUCGGGUUCUAUCCUUCUCUGUAUACAUAUACAAUCUUGGUUGAAGGUCUCUGUAGGGAAUACGAUAUGGCGAAAGCGAAGGGAGUUCUAGACUUGAUGUUGAGUAAGGACGGCGCGGAUAGGACAAGAAUAUAUAAUAUAUAUUUGCGGGCGCUUUGUUAUGUGAACGAUCCUACCGCACUUCUAAAUGUGCUCGUGUCGAUGUUCCAGGCGCACUGCCAGCCGGAUAUUGUUACGCUCAAUACCGUAAUCAAAGGGCUUUGUCGAAUGGGGAGAGUCGACGAGGCUUUGCAGGUGUUGGAUGAUAUGGAUCAGGGGAAGUUUUGUGGGCCGGACGAGGUUACCUACGGCACGAUUGUUGGCGGGCUCUUAAAUGCAGGUAGGGCGGAUGAAGCCGUUGUCGUCGUAAAAAAUGUCAUGCCCCGGAAAGGAUUUUCGCCCGGGGUCGUGACGUACAAUACUUUAUUAUCCGGAUUGUUUAAACUCGGGCGAGCGAAUGAAGCUAUGGAAGUUUUUGGAGACAUGGCUGGCAACAGAGUGUGUGCGGAUUGUGUGACAAAUACGAUUAUGAUCGAGGGGUUGUGCAAGUUGGAUAGGGUCGAUGAUGCGAAGAAGUUGUGGAAGGAUACGGUGUGGCCCUCGGGUGUUCACGACAACUUUGUCUACUCGGCAAUGCUCAAGGGGCUGUGCUUCUCGGACAAGUUCAUCGAGGCCUGCGAUUUUCUGUACGAACUGGCCAACUGCGGCACUUCGCUCAACAAUGUGAACUACAACGUGGUUCUCGACUACGCUUGCAGGGUGGGAUUCAAGAGAGAAGCGUAUGAGAUUGUUGGGGAAAUGAAGCGCAACGGCGUUAUGCCGGAUGGCGUAACAUGGCGAAUAUUGAAUAAGUUGAAUGACGGUGUGUGAUGUGAGGGGACUGUAUCGAAAAAUAUAUGCGAGUUAACGAUCUGUUGUCGUCCAACGGUUAAGAUAUAUUCAAAAAGUAAUAGCCGCGGAUUUUCACGUUAUAAUAAAAUAUAAGAGUUUGUAAAAAGAGGCCAGAGCUGGAGUUUUACUACCGGGUGGGUUGCCGUGAAGAGCGAUCCGAGUAAGCUUGAGUAUGUGUUGUUUGAGCUUUAACAUGAAAAUGUUAUCGUAUUGGCGCGGCUCGAUUCGACAAGGAUUCGAUCUAAAACGGUAGUACGAGCUCGGCUUGUAAAACUCAAACUCAAGCUCCAAAUUGUUGAAGCCGGCGCUAGACUUGGUCAUUUGGUUCAGAACCGCCGGUCUUCGGUUUGAAUUGAAAUCGGGCUCAAACCGAACUUAAACUGUCAUUCCAACCGUUCGGUUUCGGUUUGUGAUUGAGCCAAAUUGUAAACCGUUGGUUCAAACCGGCGGUUUCGGUUCGAACUACCGGUUUGGGUGAUUUUUUUGUUUUAAAACUUGAAAUUAACAGUGAAGAUUUAAUGUACGUUUUGGUAAAAGAGCGGAUGUAAUUUAUUGAUGGGUGUAUAAAUAGAU